AUGAAUCGUUCAUCUUUGGUGCUUUCCAAAUUGUUCAAAUCCUCACCACGAUCAUCCUUCUUGAUGAGAGCAGCUUUGAGUACACCUACUCGGGUGAGAGCUUUCCAUCAAACAUCAAUGAGAAGAGACGAGGAAGAAUUACAAAAAACUCCAGAGGUUAAAGUGAAACCAGCAUGGCAAGGAUGGGUCAAGGAUGUACUGAACUUCUUCUACUAUCCAAUGCGAUGGACUCUUUUAUUUGCAGUUUUGGCUGUGCUUUUGAAGAGCUCACAGUUAGCCAAACAGAAAGAAAGCCAACAAUAA